AUGGAUGACCCCUACCACAACAAUGUGAACCAGCAGAUGACAGAAGGAGGAGAUUACACCUACACCCAAGAUGGAGGAGGUCAAGAUGGCUACCCUUACCAGACAGACUACCCUCCACAAGAGGAGGAUGCUGCUAGUGACGCCACUGAAGGGGCAGAUGACGAUGAACAGAUGUAUGAGGGGGAGUACCAGGGCAUUCCCCACCCCGACGAAAUCAAGGAGGCACGACGGGCAGCUCGGAUGGAGGCUAGGAGGAAAGCCCGUCAGGCUAACCAGCAGGAAGAGGAGGAAGAAAACCUGCCAGAACAGUACGAGUCCAUCAUGGAGGACUGUGGCCAUGGACGCUUCCAAUGGAUGCUCUUCUUUGUGCUGGGCCUGGCGCUAAUGGCUGAUGGCGUGGAUGGCUUUGUGGUGGGCUUUGUCCUGCCCAGUGCUGAGAAGGAUAUGUGCAUAUCCAACGCUGACAAAGGAUUGCUUGGUCUGCUGGUGUAUGUGGCCAUGAUGGUGGGCGCGCUGGUGUGGGGCGGCCUGUGUGAUAAAAUGGGGAGGAGGAAGUGUCUGAUCUACGUCCUGGCCAUCGACCUGAUCUUCUCCUUCCUGUCCUGCUUCGCUCAGGGCUACGGCUUCUUCCUCUUCUUCAGGUUCUGCUCCGGAUUUGGAAUUGGCGGCUCCAUCCCGAUCGUGUACACCUACUUCACCGAGUUCCUGCAGAUGGACAAACGUGGAGAACAUCUGAGCUGGCUCUGCAUGUUCUGGAUGCUGGGAGGCCUGUAUGCCUCCUUCACUGCCUGGGGAAUCAUUCCUCACUAUGGCUGGGGCUUCGCCAUUGGUUCAGAGUUCCAAAUGCACAGUUGGAGGCUGUUUAUUCUGGUGUGUCUCUUCCCUGCCCUGGCUGCACUCGUCGGAGUUGUCUUCAUGCCGGAGAGCCCUCGUUUUCUGCUGGAGAAUGCACGACACGAUGAGGCCUGGAUGAUCCUGCGACAAGUUCAUGACACCAACUGGAAAGCCAAGGGGGAGCCAGAGAGAGUCUUCACUGUGACCAACAUUAAAACGCCACAAACUCAGGAAGAUGAGUUCAUAGAGAUCCAGAGCGACACUGGAACUGCCUUCCAACGCUGGACUGUCCGACACAUGACCAUGCUGCAGCAGGUGAUGGCCAACGUGAUGUCAUUAUCAGCUCCAGAGCUCAGGCUACAGGGCCUCUUCCUGGUUAUCAUCUGGUUCUGCAUGGCCUUCAGCUACCAUGGGUUGGGAGUGUGGUUCCCUGAUAUGAUCAAGUACAUGCAGUACGAAGAGUACGAGUCCAAAGUCCGAGUGUUCCACCGAGAACGUGUUGAACGCUUCCACUUUAACUUCUCUCUGGUCAACCAGAUCCACCGCGAGGGAGAGUACGUCCAUGACAAAUUUGCAAACAUCGAAAUUAAGUCUGUCAAGUUUGAGGAUUCUCUGUUCGAGAACUGCUACUUUGAGGACGUCAAAUCAACCAACACCUUCUUUGAGAACUGUACCAUUAAAAACACUGUCUUCUAUAACACAGACCUCUGGCAGGAAAAGUUUAAAAACUGUCGAAUGGAGAACUCGACCUUCCUUCACCCAAAGAAAGGAUGUCAUCUGAACUUCCAGGAGGAGAAUGACAUCGUCAUCUACAUGGUCAGCUUCCUGGGCAGUCUGGCUGUGUUGCCAGGCAACAUCAUCUCAGCCUUGUUCAUGGACAAGAUAGGAAGAAUCCGAAUUAUAGGUGGUUCUAUGUUGGCGUCAUCGGCCUGUACUUUCCUGCUGCUGUUGAGUUUCAGUCAAGGAGCUGUAAUAUGCUGGCAGUGUCUCUUCUAUGCCGUCAGUGUUGCAGCCUGGAAUGGACUAGAAGUCAUAUCUGUGGAACUCUAUCCUUCCUCUAAAAGAGGGACAGCGUUUGGUAUCCUGAAUGGGAUCUGCAAGUUCGCAGCCAUUGUUGCCAGCUUCAUCUUUGCCGCUUUCAUCGGCAUCACUAAGAUCAUCCCCAUCUUCCUGGCCUUCGCCGCUCUCGUCUGUGGAGGUCUGGUGGCCCUCAAGCUGCCUGAAACCCGGGAGAAAAUCCUGUCUUGA